CCGCCGCGACGGGCAGCCGGGCUCGGCGGCCGCCGGAUCGGGCCCCUGCCCCCUCCGCCUCGUGUCUCCGGCGCCGGGCGGCCGGCGAGUCUGGAGCCCGCGCCGUCGCCGGCCGCGUCCCCCGGGCAUGGAAGGAGGCGGCAAGCCCAACUCCUCGUCCAACAGCCGGGACGAUGGCAACAGCGUCUUCCCCACCAAGGCGCCCGCGACGGGCGCGGGGCCGGCCGCGGCCGAGAAGCGCCUGGGCACCCCGCCGGGGGGCGGCGGGACCGGCGCGAAGGAGCAAGGCAACUCCGUGUGCUUCAAGGUGGACGGCGGCGGCGGCGGCGGCGAGGAAUCUGCCGGGGGCUUCGAGGACGCCGAGGGGCCCCGGCGGCAGUACGGCUUCAUGCAGCGGCAGUUCACCUCCAUGCUGCAGCCCGGGGUCAACAAAUUCUCCCUCCGCAUGUUCGGGAGCCAGAAGGCGGUGGAGAAGGAGCAGGAAAGGGUUAAAACUGCAGGCUUCUGGAUUAUCCACCCUUACAGUGAUUUCAGGUUUUAUUGGGAUUUAAUCAUGCUUAUAAUGAUGGUUGGAAAUCUGGUCAUCAUACCAGUUGGAAUCACAUUCUUUACAGAACAGACAACAACACCAUGGAUUAUUUUCAAUGUGGCUUCAGAUACAGUUUUCCUUUUGGACUUGAUCAUGAAUUUCAGGACUGGGACUGUCAAUGAAGACAGUUCUGAAAUCAUCCUGGACCCUAAAGUGAUAAAGAUGAAUUAUUUAAAAAGCUGGUUUGUGGUUGACUUCAUCUCAUCAAUCCCAGUGGAUUAUAUCUUUCUCAUUGUAGAAAAAGGAAUGGAUUCGGAAGUUUACAAGACAGCCAGGGCACUUCGCAUUGUGAGGUUUACAAAAAUUCUCAGUCUCUUGCGUUUAUUACGACUUUCAAGGUUAAUUAGAUACAUACAUCAGUGGGAAGAGAUUUUCCACAUGACCUAUGAUCUUGCCAGCGCUGUGGUGAGAAUUUUUAACCUCAUUGGCAUGAUGCUGCUCCUCUGCCACUGGGACGGCUGUCUUCAGUUCCUGGUACCACUGCUGCAGGACUUCCCACCAGAUUGCUGGGUGUCUCUAAAUGAGAUGGUUAAUGAUUCUUGGGGAAAGCAGUAUUCCUACGCACUCUUCAAAGCAAUGAGUCACAUGCUGUGCAUCGGCUAUGGAGCCCAAGCCCCAGUGAGCAUGUCUGACCUGUGGAUCACCAUGCUGAGCAUGAUCGUCGGGGCCACGUGCUACGCCAUGUUUGUCGGCCACGCCACGGCUCUAAUCCAGUCUUUGGAUUCCUCAAGGCGGCAAUAUCAAGAGAAGUAUAAGCAAGUGGAACAAUACAUGUCGUUCCAUAAGUUACCAGCUGAUAUGCGUCAGAAGAUACAUGAUUAUUAUGAACACAGAUACCAAGGCAAAAUCUUUGAUGAGGAAAAUAUUCUCAAUGAACUCAAUGAUCCUCUGAGAGAGGAGAUAGUCAACUUCAACUGCCGAAAACUAGUGGCUACAAUGCCACUUUUUGCUAAUGCGGAUCCCAAUUUCGUGACUGCCAUGUUGAGCAAGUUGAGAUUUGAGGUGUUUCAACCUGGAGAUUAUAUCAUAAGAGAAGGAGCUGUGGGUAAAAAAAUGUAUUUCAUUCAACAUGGUGUUGCUGGUGUCAUCACAAAAUCCAGUAAAGAAAUGAAGCUGACAGAUGGCUCAUACUUUGGAGAGAUUUGCUUGCUGACCAAGGGACGGCGCACUGCCAGUGUUCGAGCUGAUACAUAUUGUCGUCUUUACUCACUUUCUGUGGACAAUUUCAAUGAGGUCCUGGAGGAAUAUCCAAUGAUGAGAAGAGCCUUUGAGACGGUUGCCAUUGACCGAUUAGAUAGAAUAGGGAAGAAAAAUUCAAUUCUCCUGCAAAAGUUCCAGAAGGAUCUGAACACGGGUGUUUUCAACAAUCAGGAGAACGAGAUCCUGAAGCAGAUUGUGAAACACGACAGGGAAAUGGUGCAGGCAAUCCCUCCCCUCAGUUACCCUCAGAUGACCGCCCUGAAUUCCACCUCUUCAACUACUACCCCGACCUCUCGCGUGAGGACACAGUCGCCGCCGGUGUACACAGCCUCCAGCCUGUCCCAUAGCAACCUGCACUCCCCCAGCCCCAGCACCCAGACCCCGCAGCCGUCAGCCAUCCUCUCGCCCUGCUCCUACACCACCGCUGUCUGCAGCCCGCCUGUACAGAGCCCGCUAGCCACUCGAACUUUCCACUAUGCCUCCCCCACGGCGUCCCAGUUGUCCCUCAUUCAGCAGCAGCAGGUUCAGCAGCCACCGCAGCCCCAGCAGCCGCCCCAGCCUCCACAGACCCCCGGCAGCUCCACACCGAAAAACGAAGUGCACAAGAGCACGCAGGCGCUCCACAACACCAGCCUGAGCCGAGAAGUCAGGCCCCUCUCUGCCUCGCAGCCCUCGCUGCCCCAUGAGGUCUCCACCCUGAUCUCCAGACCGCAUCCCACUGUGGGCGAGUCCCUGGCCUCCAUCCCUCAACCCGUGACCACGGUCCACGGCUCGGGCCUGCAGGCAGGGGGCAGGGGCACCGUCCCCCAGCGCGUCACCCUGUUCCGACAGAUGUCGUCGGGCGCCAUCCCCCCCAACCGAGGAGUCCCCCCGGCCCCCCCUCCACCAGCAGCCGCUCAUCCGAGGGAGGCGCCCUCAGUCUUAACGACAGACCCAGAGGCAGAAAAGCCACGAUUUGCUUCAAAUUUAUGAUCCCUGCUGAUUGUCAAAGCAGAAAGAAAUACUCUAACGAACUGAGGCGCUUCUCAGAUCUGAUUUUAUUCUAUCUCCUGAUAGAUCCCUCUAGCCUACUAUGAAGAGAUAUUUUAGACAGCUCUGGCCUACAUGCAAAAUGUAAAAAAUAUAUAUAUAUAUACAUAUGCUAUUAAGUCUAUAUCUGAAAAUCUCAAGAGAAGUUCAAAAGACUUGUUUAGCAUUCAGUGUUAUAUGUCUUCCUUUCUUUAAAUCAUUAAAGGAUUUCAAAUGUUGUUGUAAGAUUAUUUAUUUUUGACCUACUUUUACUUAAUUCCUUUGAUACAUGUAUUUCUCUAUUUUAUGAAGAGUUCUUGGAUUCUGUGGAAACAAAACUCUGAUUUUAAAAAGGCAACUCAAGUGAGCUGAAUAGCACCAAUCAAAACUUUUCUCAUUAGCUGUGUCUCUGCAUCUAAAUUGUUAAUCAUUAAUUAUGUAGGAUUAAAUAGCAGAUCCCAUUUUCUAAAUCUAAAUUGUAUUUUGGUGCUUUGAAUUUUAAAUUAGGUUAAAGAACACACCAUAUGCUUGGCCAUGGUAGGAGACUAGCAUUGGCUAUGAUCUCUAUAGUCAUAGAGAUAUGACUAUCUCUAACCUCAAACAUGUUCACUGAUCUUUCAGAAAGCUGAAGGGAUAUUUCUCUUCAAGUGUUAUCAGACUUUUACCAAGACUCAAUCAAUGUUAGCUGUAAAUAACUGUUUCAACCCAAAUAAAAAUAGUUCUUCUGUGCUGUAUGAAGGUAAAAGUCAUUGUUUAAGAAUUUAGUUUUACUGCUUCACUUCAAAACUUAGAGUUUUAAAUUUUACAAAACCUAAUUGUGACAACUAUUCAACUGUAAUGCAAUGGCUUGAAACCUACAAUAUUAUUUUAACCUGCAAUGUUUUAUGCAAAAUUGUAUGCUUGGUUCUACAAAUUGCUUGUAUUAUACCAAAAAUCAUUACUUUUCUUCUUUCUUGCCAUAAUCAAGCAUCUGAAAAUAGGCCCUGCAUGCUUUGGGGGGAAAAAAGUAGGUUCAAAGCAGUCAUUGUAGGGGAAAGCUUACAGUAUUUCUCAUUUCUAGAAAAGUAUAACCAUUCAUUAAUUGCCUAUCUUAAAAUUCCUGUAAGGCUGACUUGGAUCUCUGACUUAAGUCUAGAAGUGAGGUUUUCACUUUCAUUUAAUGUUAUUAUUAUCUUUAUCAUUUAAAUGACAAUUUGUAAACUACAGCUUGAUUUGGAGUUGCCAGUGUGUUCUGUGUCUUUCACUGUAGUUGGUAGUUUACUGUGGUGUUAAUUUAAAAAAAUAAAUACACUAUAGCAUCACCUGUUUGGGAACAUACACUUUGCUCUUUGUGUAUUGUUAACUAAAUGGUUAGUAAAUCUUAAGGAAUGUGGUGACUAACAUAGUCCUUAGAAACGAGGUUUGUUAUUUUAAAUGUGCUGAAAAAAGUACAGACCUGGUGACAUCAAGCAGGAGGUCAAAGUCAAUGUCUGAGAGCAUCGGGUAUUUUUGUUUGUUUGUUUGUAUGUUUCCUUAACUCUGUUCAUGAUCUGUGAACAUCUGCUUCUUCUCAAAGAAGUCCCUUAGAAAUCAUUUGUGCCUAACACACCCCUCGGAUAUGGUGGAUGACUGGAACACAAUUGGAAGAUUCCCAAUAACAGACUUCUGUAAAUAACCCAAGUUAAGAGAAUGACCUAAAGUGGAGGUCUUCCGUGUCUCUGACACUGGCAAUGCAUUUAAGAAGAACUUAACAGAAAUCGUGCACGAAAUGGGGCAGGGCCUCCAGAUAGACUUGAGGACAGAAAACAAAAGCAAAACUCUAAAACGGAUCCAUGCUGCCUGUUAUGCCUUUUAUGGAUAUACUACUUAUAAUACCAAAAUGAGUUGUUAUGUUUAAUUUCUAACAAAUUCUAGCUUGUGUGAAAGGAAUCAACAGUGCUAGACAAUGUGUAAUUGUGAACAUGCUGGUGACCUAUGAUGGAGUGUCAGGAGUGGUGUAAGAAAGGGCUUGUUUAGUCUACCUAGGACCUAUGGGGAAGCUGCAAGACCAUUUACAUAUCAGUACAAAACUCCUUUAUUUUAUUAAAAUACUGAUAAUUAACUUCAAUUUAUUAAGAUCAUUAUUGGUCCUUUAAAGUAUUAAAGGUUUACAUUUGAUAGAACCAAUGGGUUUGGUAGUGAAAUAUUUUUAUAUAUAUAAAUGUUUGGUUUUUUAUUUUGAACACUGUUGAGAAACAUAAGCAAAAUUGAAUUGCAUGGUCUUUCAGUGCAACCAUCACGUUUUUAUUCACUUUGUAAUAGAAUGGACAAAAAAACCCUAAGGUUUAUAUGUUAAACUAAUAAAGUGGUACAGGGUAAAUUAUAUACAUAUAUAUGUAUGAAUAUAUAUACUUAGGGUAAGAAGAAAAUUGACUCACAUUCCUGUAACAUAAAAGUUCAUUACUAAUUGAAAAGUGACCACUUUUCUCUGUACAUAGUUAAGCCCAUAAGUAUGGAGUUUUAAACUGUACAGAAAGAAAUGUAUUACUGAAAAGACUGAUCUUUCUGCUGCUGGGAAAAUAGUAGAAUAGCUGAUUCUUACAACAACUGUAUGAUCAGGGAUGAAUUAGAGAAUUUCUUUUGUCUUUGCUCAAAGCCAUACAUAUAUAAAUAUAUAUAAAGAUUAUUAAUAAAUUCAACAAAAAAUAAACUAAAAUCAUGAAUAUUUUAUUUUAUCAAUAUACACUAGUCAAACACUUUAUUUAAGAGUAUAGAUUUGCCCCUGUCUUUCUGUCUUUAUGUCAUAAGAUGUCCAAGAAGGCUUUUACUUGAUAAUCAUCAUAAAAUUAAUUAUAGGUAUUCUCUCACUAUAGAAAGAAAAGAACUUAAAUAGAACAUGGAUUUUCCAGCUAUCCCUGUGUUUUUUUCCUCUUCUAUAAUGUACAAGUUGAGUUUUUUUUCUUCUUCAUGCUGUACUUUCUUAGCAUGUGGUUUUAUCCAAUUUCAAAACACAAAUAUUUCUGUGCUUUAUUGGAUAUGGGGAUGAGAAAUCAUUGCCCUAUAAUUUACAUAUGCAAACCUAUUUUAUGAUAGCCAUCAGCCUUCUAAAGACUUUGGAUAGUGACAGAACCUCCGUAUGCAAUGAAUGAAUUUUGAAUCAGACCUAAAAGCUUGAGACAGCGUAUAUUACAAUGAGUGAAGGAUUCGCAAAAGUGUUAAACAAAAUUAGCAGGAGUGGAAAUACUUUAUAAUCAUCAAGUAAAUGGCCUGUCUCCCCGUCUCUGUCACCACUCCUUAAGUGAAUGCUGCCUCCCUUUCCGUAGGUGGCUGUUUUUCCAUUUACAAAAAAAAAGAACGUAACAUCUGCAAGACACUACAAAGUACUCAGUCAAAUUGCUAGAAUAAACUAAUGGACUUGGGUGAUU